GGGAGGGGCGGAAGUGAGCGGGCGGCGGCGGCGGAAGUGGCUGCGCGCGGUGGGGGCUCAAGAUGAAUUCCAGAGGCACUGCUUCUCUGUUGAAGGAUAGUAUCUCAUUUACAGACGUUGCAGCCUCAGGGCUAUUUGAAGGUCAUGAUCUUCUGCGCAGAGGCUUUACAAGUGUAAAAAAUGAAUUGUUGCCCAGCCACCCACUGGAGCUGACAGAAAAGAAUUUCCAGUUAAAUCAAGAUAAAACCAACUUUGCCAGACUGAGAAAUGUUCAAGGAAUCCAUGCACCUUUAAAGCUGCAGAUGGAAUUCAGAGCAGUGAAACAGGUCCAGCGUCUCCCAUUUCUUCACAGCUCAAACAUGGCAAUGGAUAUUUUGAGGGGAAAUGAUGAAUGCAUUGGUUUUGAGGAUAUCCUUAAUGAUCCUUCCCAGAGUGAGGUUAUGGGAGAACCACACAUGAUGAUGGAGCACAAGCUCGGUUUAUUGUAACAAAAUACACUUCACAAAAAUGUUUUGUGUGUGUCUUUCUAGUGCAGAUUGAAGUACAUGGUACUAAAUUGACACUCACAGUGUUAAGCAGGCCUAGUUAUCACUUGCCUUCCUUAAUGAAAAGGCACAUUAAAUGUUUAAAGUCUAUAAAUUGUUCUGUGCUUGUUAUCAAUCAUACAAAUGUCCUGUAACUAGGUAGUUUAAAUAAUGCCUUUUCAUGAACUGCUCAGGACUAUAGCUUCUUAAAUAUGGAAAUUCUAAGUAUGUAUGCAAGAAAUUCAAAAAUACCCACGCAUUUUAAAACUGACUACUGUGGUAAAUGCAUUUAAUGGAGGAAGAGGAAGGUAUUUUCCGUUGCGUAACUCUUUGUUCAUGAAAAUUUCCAUACACUUUUUAAACUAUUGAAAAAAAGUUUGCUAUAAAUGCUGUUGCGUUCCAAAAUAUAUUUAAUCCUAAAUCAAGAAUCUCUUAUCCAUGACACAGUGUUGUCCCUUUUUAUUGCAUAUCUUUAAAGGUCUUCAACUUUGGCAUUGCCAGUGGUGUCCUGCUACAUACAUUGUACCCCUCUGUUGACAGCUGUUUAUGAGUGAGCCCUUAAGCUUUUGUGUAGCAUUGGAAAUACUGCUGUAAGAAUGGGCUUAAUGUGUCUCUGAGAGGGUAUUUUGGUUUCUGAAAGUGGAAGCAAGUUCCACUUGGGGUUUAAAGAGAUGUUUUAAAAUCUGUUUGUGAACAUAAUCCAAAAGAGCGCUCCCAGGUCUAGGUAUUUUAGUAUUCAGAAAGAAUGCAGAAUUAUGAAAGUACCUAAUAAAGCUGCUGCAGUAAGAACAUGAAGAUACGGUGGUACACAUACAGAAAUAAUUAUUUGUGGGUUUACAAAAAUCAGAUCUUAAUUAAGGAAGAAUGAGAGAUUUAUACUUAAAUACGCAUUUUAAAGGAGCAGACCACUGGAAGGGGUUUUGUGUGCUUGAGUGUUUUUAUUUUUUAAAUUCAGGGUUGUAACAACUAUUUCUGGUGUCAUACAUUUGUAUAUGUUAUAUCAAUCCUACAAGGCAGCUAAUACAAUGUGGUUUAUUAGGAAAAAAAGUCUGUGGUUCAAAAAAUGUUAUCUGUUGUCAGAUAUGAAGAACUUGAAACAGUAUUUCUAAAACAGGAACUAUCUUUAUUCAGCGGGUUUUAAUGACUUGGUUAAAUGUAAUUAGUGUUCUGUUGUAGAUAAUUUUAGGAGGAAUGUUGCUAUAAACCUCUUACCACAGCUGCAAACAUCUCUUCUGCUUUUCAGUGGGCUUAUAGCUACUACAAAUCCCCUAUCCAUGUGGGCCAAAGCCUCUAGUUUCUGUCCUGUUAAUUUUAUAGUGCUUUUAUGUGCAAAAUGUUGCAGCAUUUUGGAAACAUUAAGAUGAUAGUACGACUUACUUCAGUGGUGGUUUUAUUUGGUUUUAUAUAUAAACUUGUUUCAUUUAAUAAGUCAA